AUGAAUUUUUCAACAACCGAAACAAGGUGGAUGAAGUUCGGAAAAGCUCAUGAUUUUGUCUUCGUUGGAAAGGAGACCAUUGCAACGGCUUCCGGCAUUUAUGUGAAUUUUUUAAAUUUAAACACGAGAGAGAGACGAAUCGAACGCUUCGAUAACAAGGAAAGGGGUGAUGGCGCAUCGUGUUUGGCUGGACACCCGACGGUUUCCAUGUUUUCCGUAGUCGAGAGAAAACUUAAUCCCAAGAUUUCAAUAUUCAUGUAUCCAACGCUACAAAGGAUUUCCAGAUGCGUACUACCCGACAAAAUCUAUGGUUACUUAUCCUGUUCUUUUGUUGGCACGGAGUAUCUCGUAAGCCUGACCAGCUUUCCCGAUUUUUGACUAAUCGUGUGGCUCUGGAGAACCGGCAAACACAUCGCCAGCUUAGAUACGAAAGUAGACAAUCUCGUUCAAGAAAUUUACUGCUCACCGAAUCCUCCACAUUUAAUAUCGCAACUGGGGAUAAACGAUAGUACACUGUCGAUCUAUCAAGUGCACACGUGCUCUAAAAUCGUAAAUAUACAUCGCGUGAACGUGCCAAUUACGGGACACAAAGUUGUAUCUUUAUCCUGGACGCCGGAAGGAAACUUGUACAUCUCGGACGAAUUUGGGAAUGUAUGGCUCGUGGCGAUAGAAGCUAAUAAGUUGUUCUCUGUUAUAAAAUCAAAAAUACUCGAACGCCCAAAGAAUAAGCCGAUUGUUGUCUCUCAUAAGAACGGCGUAAUAGUGGUGAAUACCAAUAAUGAUAUUACGUUUUACAAAAAGACAACAGCAAAUUGGAACGUGACGUGGAAAUUCAUGUGGUCAAUUUCGACUUUCUAUUCAAUUCAAGUAGGAAAACAACACUAUUUCAAAGAUGGAAUUUUGCUUCACUCCAAAAACGGAGAAAUUUUUGAGAUUUGUACGCAACACGACAACAUACCCCAUAUAGAAGUUAUUUAUACGGACGAGAUUGAAUACAAAACAUUGUUUUCUAUGUCUCAGCGCACAGAUCACGUCGCGGCAAUAGACCGGUUAAAUCGUCUUUGCAUUUUCGAGUUAUUGACCGGCAAACUGACCGCCAGAUUAUCUUUGAAACAUCAUGGUGAAGUUCUUCAAGUCGAUUCACAUCCUACUUUACCAAUGCUUGCGUCGUGCAGCUUCGCUGGUAACUGCCUUUUAAUCGAUACCACGAGAGUUUCAUUACCUAAAGUUUUUAACUGCUUUCAUCUUUGUGGAGACCUCUUGGAUAAGAUAAAAUUUUCACGUCAUGGCGAAUUUUUGGGAAUUGGCAAUUCUGGCAUGAUAUUUAUUAUUGGUAAACGACCUAAACAGCAGCGCUUAGAUGUUCUAGGAUUUAUAGAAAUUGAUGGAUAUGUAAGAUAAUAUAAAAUGAUCACUGAUUUUUUGAUAUACGAAAGAAGCGACAAUCGUUUUGAAAUGUUGGUCCUAGCAACGGCUAAUUCUUCUACAGCUUCGAUCGGUGGCGACAAAGUAAUUGUGUACACCUGCGAGAUCUCGAUCGACUUCUGCACACAUGCCAUUUGCGUGAUAGAUUUAUCAAGACCUUUCAGAACGCUCUAUCACGGAUCUAAGCCUUUGAGCAUAUUGGGUAUACCUUCUUUAUCUAAGCAGCUACAUCAAAUGGAAGUAGAAAAUGACUUUCAAGAUAUUGUUCUCUCGGACGCAUUAUUCUCUAUGCAUCAAAUGAGGAAUAUCGGAAUAUACGUAACCGAUUCUCGAGUCAUAACGUACGGAUACGACGGCUUAAUCAUGAUUAGAGAUAGUGCAGAACUUCAUAAAGUGUUCGCGAUUUUCAUGCCACACCAUCGCAGCCAAGGAGGCGUAAAACAUGCGAUUUCUUCGCGUUUUGGAGAUACGAUUGUUUCUCUCGGUAGAAAUGGUGACCUCGUUGCCAAUCGACUUCGCUUAACAGAGGCAAAAAUAAAUUUGGCGGAAACCGAAACUGCGAGUGUGCAUUUGACGAUCGAAGAUUUUACUUCCGAUCCAAACGAACUGUACGGUCAAGGAAAGGAAUGCUGGCUGGAUAGUAAAAUCGCUGCUAAAUUGAAAGCCGAACAUGAUGAAGCUGUACCUCUACGGGCUUCUAUCGUAGCCGAUCUUGAGAAAAUUAAAACGCAAAUACGCGAGCUUCUCGAUAUGAAUGAAGGCGAAUCACCAGACGCUCGUUUGCCGAUUUCGGCUUUCGAUUUGAAUCGCAAAUCCCGACAGCAGAGAAUAGAAGAGGCUCGAAUUGAAAGAGACAAGUUGCAUCGAAAACUCGAAGAGGAUUGCGCUCAAAGAGAUCAGGUGACGUCGAAUCUUCGUGAAAUAUUCUGGGAAUCCCUGCAAGUUAAACCAUGUGCUCUCAGAUCAAUUGGUGGCGACACGAUUAUUCGAAAUUAUCCUCUCGUCGCAUCGACUCGAAAAACGAACGACUAUAAAGUAUGGGAUAGGCUUUCUUCGGACACUGACGAAUUUUUGUACAGUUACGAGGUGUUUAACGGAUCAGCAGAUAGAGAAGAAGAUUCAAGGCGAGGAUCUAUUUUCGAGAAUAAAGGGUUUUCAACGACUAACAAUGAAAACAAAGCGUAUCAAACGGCUGAGAGAUGGUACACACUUGCGGAUGAAGUCGAAAAAUUAUGUAUAUCGGGUAUCACGACGCAUAAAUGGAUUGAGGAUGAAAGUAUAGCUUCAACGCAUCAGUUAUUGAUUCCAUGUGAUAGCGAUCUCGAGGAUAUCCUGCAGAAGGAUGUUAUUAUUGAAAAUCGAGAGUGUAAAUUAAAGAUGCAUUUUAACGAGCUCUUCGAUAAAAUGAGACACGCAAAGGAACGAGUAUUAAAAUGUGCAAAGGAACGUAUCAGCAGGCUUCGAUAUUGUGCAUCUCAAUUGAACACGAUGUUUGGGAUAGAUUCCACUCUGGAGCCCAUCGAGAUUCCAACUUGGAAUGUCGAAGAAAUACCUGACUACAUAGUUACCGUAGAAGAUCACGAAGUAUUCGAGAAACAGUCGCAACGAGGAGAAUUAAAAAAUUUAAAAAUAGCUAACGAGGUUCGAGAGGACAAAAAUAAAAAUGAAAAAAUAAAUGAUUUUUAUAAAAUAGCUCUUGAAAAAAUGAUGGACGGAGUUCUAGAACUUAAGUGGGAAGAUGAGGUGAAGAAGGAAAUACCUGUGCCGGACUGUUUAAUUACGAAGGAUCCUUCGAAAUACACCGACGAAGAUAUCGCUGUCAUCGCGUCGUACAAGUCCAAAAUACAAGCGUUGCAAGAAGAACGAGAAAAAUAUAGAGUGACUCUAGAGGCUGAUAUUAUAGAAACAAAAGACGCCUUGCAAAGAGACAUUGUCGCAUUCAACGACAAAUUAAAGGAUCUGGAAUUGAAGAAGAUACAAAUUGAAUGCGCGAUCUUUCAAGAGAGACUGAUGAGGAUACGCGCGAUUCAAAGAUAUCGGUCCAUGGUCGACGGCAAGAAGAAAAUCGCUUGUUUCGCCAACGAGGAGGUAGCAUCGGCGACGCGAGAGGCACGCAAGCUCGCCGAGGAGAGCAACACGCUGGAGAUGAUUGUGUCGGAGCUGAAAGUUCGAUAUGACAGUCUCUGCAAAGCGGAGAAACGCCAGGAGGCCAAGUUCCGCGGCGAAUUCGCGGAGUUAAAGCAGCCGAUAGUUGAACACUUGUUCAGGCACUACAAAAAGCGACCCAGGAUUGGCCGGCUGACCACCACAUCUGUCACCUAUUUGAUAGAGGUAGCGAACUGCGUCGCGAACAAUGAAAAGUCGGACGUCUUACCCCGCGAAUGUCUGGACUUUCUCAAAGGUAUGGAUAUCUUGGACUCGAUGCCUCGAAAUCUACCGUCGCAGAUUAAUGCCGAUUAUUGGCAGAUGAUGUGCAAGUUGAGGAGGAUGAAGGUCGAGAUGGAGACGAAGGUGAGAUGUUGCGCUGUGGAGAUGGCCGAAGCGGAACAGACGCUGUCGUUUUAUCAAAAGGCGAUGCAGUCGGCCGAUAACGUGGUGGCGUGCAAGAAGGCCAGUCUGGAUAACAUGGAGAAAUCCUUGUCGCAUCGCGCGCAGGAAAUGGAGAUUCAACUCGUCUUGAAAAUGGGCCAGAUCGAGGUGCCGCUGCAAGGCUGUUCCUCCGACUACGAGAACGCCGUUCUCGUGAUGCGCAAGGAGCUUUUACGGGUCAACGAUUGUAUCGUUGAGACUGGGAAACGCAAGCUGGAAGCGAUGCAUAAAUCCAUGCACUUGCGGAAAAUCGUGUCGCAACACGAAUGGCAGCACGCUUGCGCGAAGAUGGUAAUGGAAGACCUGCAGCGAGACUUGAAGGAUAUCCAAGAGUUCAAGAUCACGAGAAACGUGCUUGAAUUAUUGAACAAUUACCCCUGCAGCGUAAAUUUGGAGGAAGAUUACGAAAAGAUGCAGGUCGACUUGCGAAUAUUUCGUAACAAAUUUCGCCAAGUGUUGGAACAAGAGCAGGCGCGUCUGAAAGAAACAAAGCGGCUAAUGGCCAAAUGGAAAAAGAAGAACGACAAGAUAUCGCAGGAGAUCAAGUCGAAGUCGUCGGACGUCGAAGAGUGUCGCAGGUUACUCGAAGAUCCGCAUCGCAAGAGGGACGAGGAAUCUCGAAGGAUGAGACUUGCAGCGGUCGCGAGGCGUACCAAGCUCGUUAUGAAAGCGAAGGACAAUUAUGAACAGUUGCUAAUCUUGCACGCUCAACUCGAGGUCUUGAAGUUGCGAACGUAUCCGACCUUGCAGUUUAAAACCGCAUAGGACACUCGUGUGUGGAGGAAAAAGAUCUCGCCCGAGCAAGACCGUCAACGAUGCGGCAACGUCGAUUUAAUUUUCUUGGUAUUAAUUUAUGAAAACCGCCUUUUUUUUCUGCUGAAUAAUAAAAUUAUUUUAGUUAUGCAUUCACGGAGAAGUCCUACAAACAAAGAAUAUAUCGAGCGCCGAGUGUAUCGGAUGCAUCAAUUGGCUCACUGAAUUGCAAAUUUAUGUAGAUUCGCGUGUAAUAUGUAUGAUAAUACACGACGAUAGUUUCAUAUUACGUUUGUUAUUGGUACUUAUUAUUUCGAGCUUGAUCUUGAUCGUGUAAAAUCGUACGCACAUGCAAUAAAGGAAACUUAUUAGUUCCAAGAAACGAAUAAGGAAAGUGAUAUUGCUGCGUCUAAAUAUACCUUAGUAACUUAAAAAUAAAAUAAGAUGCACGCUGUAUCUUAAGAUACGAUUCUCAAUUUUGUUUGAAAGUCUCAGAGAAGCACUAAGUUACUAAAUAAUUAAAAAUAAUAUAAUUAGUAAUUAAUUCUCUUAAUAUUAAAAAAGGAGAUGGUAUUAUGAUGUAUUAGAUAAUAAUCACCUUGUAUUAGAUAUAAUAAUCACUCUUAACAUCUCCAUUGUUAGGUGAUAAAUUCUAAUGAUUACUUAUGAAAUUACUUAUUUUGUAGCCCAAAAUUAUACAAGGACGUUAAUAUGCCGAUAAUCAUCAUUCGUUAUAUUUUUACUUUUAAGCAUUUGGAAACUUUUUCAAUAUAUAUUUUAGCGUUCAAUCUCCUCAUUCCCGUUUUAUAUCAGCAUUAUUAUUUAUCGCGAUUCUUCUGAAAAGUUUUGCUGUACCAAUAAUCCUGAUAAUAACCUAAUUAUCGAAAUAAAAUGUAAUGUGCUCUUUUCUUGUCAAAAUAUUUUGUUUAAAGAUUACGAGAGCUCUAAGAUAAAUUACGAUAAAUAUUAUAUAAAAAAAAGAUAGAACUACGUUUGUUUUGACUUGUGUCAUUAGAUGAAAAACACUCAUUAUCGUUUCAUAAGACGAUAACAUGAGGAUUUUUCCGUUUAUGAGAGAGCUCAUCAAGAAUUCUCAUCUGCUGUUUGCGACAAAACGCUUUUUCCUUCAACG